AUGGCAUCUUUCAACCUCACCCCCUCUGAUGCUUCAACAUUCAUCCUAAUGGGCAUCCCUGGCCUGGAAACUGCCCAUGUCUUGAUUUCCAUCCCUUUCUCCACGUUCUACAUUAUUGGGCUGUUGGGAAAUUUCACAGUUCUGUUUGUUGUAGGCAAAGAGCAGACCCUACACAAGCCGAUGUACCUGCUGCUCUGCAUGCUGGCGCUCACAGACAUCAGCAGGUCUACCUCCACUGUGCCUAAGGCACUAUUUAUAUUUUGGUUCAAUUUGAAACACAUCACUAUGAAUGGCUGCCUCACCCAGAUGUUCUUCCAUCAUGUUUUUUCUCUUAUGCACUCAUCUAUCCUUGUGACAAUGGCCUUUGAUCGCUACGUAGCCAUAUGUAACCCUCUGAGAUACGCCACCAUCCUCACCAAUGGACGAAUAGCUAAGCUAGGGCUGGUGGGUUUGACAAGAGCUGUUCUCUUCAUUUUGCCCCUGCCCCUGCUCCUGAGCAGGCUGCCAUUCUGUACCAACCGCAUUAUCCCCCACACGUAUUGUGAGCACAUGGCUGUGGUUAAGAUGUCAUGUGGGGAUAUUACAUUCAACGGGACAUGGAACUUUGUGUUAGUGUUUGUAAUCAUUAGUGUAGACCUGCCGCUGAUUGCUCUGUCCUAUGGUCUGAUCAUCAGGGUUGUCUUCAGAAUAUCCUGCAAGAAAGCCCACCAGAAAGCCCUCAACACCUGCACAACCCACAUCUGGCUGAUUCUGAGCUCUUAUACUCCACCCCUCUUCUCUAACCUGAUGCAUCAGUUCGGUCAGGGCAUCGCUCCCCAUGUUCACAUCAUCUUGGUCAACCUCUAUUUCCUCAUCCCUCCCAUGCUCAACCCUAUCAUUUAUGGGGUCAAAAACAAAGAGCUUUGUGACAAAGUGGUUAAAUACAUCUACAGAACGUGAUUGCCAGGGGGCAUUGACUUUAAUCCUGUGUGACAAGAUUGGGAAAGGAGAUCUCCUCAUUAAUCAAGAGUGCUC